CUCUAGGCGGGCCCUCUCGAUGUGCCUGUCCUGGGCGCGCAAUGGAGUCUGACUGCUGGUUGCUCGGUGGCGAGUUCGAGGACUCGGUGUUCGAGGAGAGGCGGGAGCGGCGACCAGAACCGCCCGUGUCCUACUGCGCCAAGCGCUGCGAGCCGCAGUGGUUUUAUGAAGAAACCGGGAGCAGUGACGAUGUUGAAGCUCUAACUGUCCAGAAAUUCAAAGGGGACCUGGCCUACAGACGGCGAGAGUAUCAGAAAGCACUGCAGGAAUAUUCCAGUAUCUCAGAAAAACUGCCAUCUACAAAUUUUGCCAUGAAAAGGGAUGUCCAGGAAGGCCAGGCUCGGUGUCUUGUCCACCUGGGAAGGCACGAGGAAGCACUAGAGAUCGCUGCAAACUUGGAAAAUAAGGCAACUAACACAGACCAUUUAACCACUGUGCUGUACCUCCAGUUUGCUAUUUGUUCAAGUUUGCAGAACUUGGAGAAAACAAUUUUCUGCCUACAGAAACUGAUUUCUUUGCAUCCCUUUAAUCCUUGGAACUGGGGCAAAUUGGCAGAGGCUUACCUGAAUCUGGAGCCAGUGCUUUCAGCAUCGUUUGCGUCAUCUCAGAAACAGAACAAUUUCACCUCGAGUGACAAGACUAUCAAAUCCUCCUUUCCCCACUCAGGAAAAGACUGUCUUUUGUGUUUCUCUGAAACGUUGCCCGAGAGAUCUGUGUUUUCUAUGGAAGCAAGCAGCGGUAAUAACCAGAAGAAUGAGAAAGCUCUUAAAAAUAUUCAGAGCUGUAUGGCAGAAGAGAGAGCAGCCGUGUUGCUGGAGACUCAGAUGAAGGCCUGUGCCUCUUAUGUACGAACCAGGCUUUUGCUUCAGUUCGCCCAGACUCAGCAAACAUCGUUUGCUUUGGAGAGGAACUUAAGGACUCAGCAGGAAAUUGAAGAUAAAAUGAAAGGGUUCAGCUUCAAGGAAGACACUUUGCUGUUGAUAGCAGAGGUGAUCCCACACGGAGGAAGCCAUCGGGCAAAUCCAGACUAUGAGACAUUCCAUGAGACAGCAGAGAGAACUGGAAAGGAGGUGAGAGUCACAGUGAGCAUGGAUUCUGGAACCCACUCACCCCGACUUCCCUUCCACUGGACCAGUGACGGCAGAGGACUGUACAAAGAUUGUGGUCAGGUCAGAUGCUGCCCACAGUCUGGUUGUGAUCCCUGCCAGACAGUUGGAGACCAUGACCCAUGGGUGGGAUGGAAGGGCAGGGAGAGGUCAGGUGUAAAAAGAGAAGCUGUUAACAGCUGGGACUGCCCAGCACUGGCAAACCCCGGAGUUUCUGGUCUUCACCCUCAGGUACAUGGAAAAUUCCUCAUGUGCUUCCAAAGAGGUGAAACAGCAAACCCACCUGAAUCCAGGACAGUACGUGAUUUUUGGCUGCCCAUAAGCUCCUCAGACUUCCGUUGUUAAGCCUGUACAAGAAUGUUCGCUACAGUAUUUGUUACUAAUUGGGAAGAAUUAGAUGUUGUAGAAUUCGAAGUCCUCGUCUCAGCUCGGGCUGCCAGAACAAAGUACCACAAGUGAGGGGCUUAAACCACAGAAAUUUGUUCAGGGUUCUGGAGAUGGGAAGUCCGAGAUUAAGGCGUUGGAAGGGUUGGUUUCUUCCAGUGCCCCUCUCCUUGGCUUGCAGUUGGCUGUCUUCCUUCCACAUCUUUACGUGGUCUUCCCUCUGGGCAUGUCUGCACCUUAAAAUAAUCUGCUGUUCCCAGAGACAGUCCACUGCAGUUACAGAGAACAAGGAAGAUCUCUAAGUACUGGCAGGGAGAGAGUUCCUGGUUUAUUGUUAAGUGGAAAAAAGAAAGCCACAGGACAAUAUGAUACUGAUAUUAGUGGUAUUGUGAUAUCAUAGGAUUGGGGCAAAGGUAAGAUGAAGAGGACUUACGUAUGUAAGUCUCUAUGUGCAGCAGAUUAGAUUAUUCUCAGUUCUUCUAAUUAUUCUUUUCUUUAACUUACAUUUUUCUAUUUUGUGGGGGCAGGUAUUUAGGGUUACUUACUUGUUUUUUAAUGGAGGUACUAGGGAUUGAACCCAGGACCUCAUCCAUACUAGAUAUGCACUCUACCACUGAGCUAUGCACUCUACCGCUGAACUAUACCCUCCCCAACUAUUGUUCUCAUUUCUUCAUUCCCUCCCCUGCCCUGGCUUUGUAGCUUCUCCCCUGUGGGCUGAGGAUAUAUCCCUGGCCCAUGGAUAUUGAUUUUGGCCAGGUGACUUGGUCUGGCCAAUGGAAUUUGGAUGCAUGUACCCAGAGCAGAGGCCCUAAAUGUGCUUGCUUGGCAUAGCUUGGUCUCUCAGGCUUCUGUGACCCUCAGUGAGAAGAAGGCACCCUGAAAAAUGGCUGGUCCAGGAGACCAUGAAGAUGUGACAAGCAGACCUGAACCCAGCCAUAGCCUGGAGCUAGCCCAGCUCACCCACAUACCUGUGAGCAAGAAAAAUACAUGCUUACCUGGAAAACAUUAUGUUGAGUGAAGUAAGCCAGACCCAAAAGGACAAAUGUUAUAUGAUUCUACAUAUAUGAAAUACCUAGAACAGGCAAAUUCAUGGAGAGAAAGUAGAUUAGGAGCUACCAGGGGAGCAGAAUGAAAGGAGAGAGGGGAAUGAGUGGUUAUUACUUAAUGAAUAUAGAAUUUCUGCUUGAAGGGGAUGAAAAGGUUUUGAAAACAGAUAGUUAUGAUAGAUGCACAACGUCAGUGAAUGUACUUAAUACUAAAUUGGACACUUAAAAUGAUAAAUUUUGUGCCAUAUGUUUAUGUAUCUUACCACAAUUUUUAAAAACAAUAGUGUAAUAUACCAAAAACCAUUGAAUUGUACAUUUUAAACAGGUAAAUUGUAUGGUGGGUUAAGUACAUUUCAAUAAAUCUAUUAAAAAAAACACAUGUUGUUUAAGCCAUUAAGUUUUGGGUAAUUUGUUAAGCAGCAAUGACUGACUGAU